AUGCUCGGUCUCGUUGCGUAUGACAGCAGCAGUGAGGAAGAAGUUGAGGCCAAGACUCCUGCACAUCAGAUACAAGCUCUCGACGGUUCGCAAGCCAAUCAGGUCAAAGACCUGAAUGCAAUCGAGGAUACUCCAAGUCAAAUCGGUCCAAGCACCAACAAUAAAGUUCCAAAUGGUCCUGUGCUAGGCCCGGCAUCUAUGAACACAACUUCAUUCCCGGACGAGCGUUCAGCAGGCGGCAGCACUUCUCCCUUUUCAGCAUCACGGGCUUUGAUCCAGGACUUAACACUCCCUCCAGUCCCUAACUUGGACAUCCCUCUAUCCCCGCCAGGAUCUCCCGACCCUGCCGCAAAUGCCAAGUUCGAGCAUUUCCUCUCCCUCAAAAAACAGGGCGUCCAUUUCAAUGCAAAGCUAGCAAGCUCAUCGUCUUUGAAAAACCCGAGCUUAUUGAUCAAGAUGAUGGAACAUGCCGGGAUUGAUGAGCAAACACAGUAUAAUACGUCCUUACCAGUGGAACUCUGGAAUACUUACACCCUACCCUCUUGGGCGUUCAAGGAAGAGCUCCUCCGAGCCCAGCAGGAAGCACGGCAAAAGAUGGACGAUAAGAAAACAUCAGGACAAAGAUCUUCCAUUGAAUUUGUCCCCAGUUCUCCUACACAGCAAUUCGCUCCCAGCGCGGAGACCAAGAGAAAAGGCAACCCGUGA